AUGGUGAAGAAAGCAAAGGGAAAGCAUCGUCUUGAUAAGUUCUACCACCUCGCGAAGGAGCAGGGGUUUCGCUCUCGUGCAGCUUUCAAGCUCAUACAGCUCAACAGGCAGUUUCACUUCUUGGACAGAUGUCGCAGCGUGCUGGAUCUCUGUGCAGCACCAGGUGGCUGGCUGCAAGUUGCUCAGAAGGCGCUACCAGUCAGCAGCCUGAUCAUCGGCAUAGAUCUGGUGCCCAUCCGCGCUGUCCGCGGUGUGAAGACCAUCGUCGGAGACAUCACCACUCAGAAAGCCCGCCAGGCAAUCAAGAAGGAGGCAAGCGGGGAUCUGAUUGAGUGCGUGCUGCACGAUGGAGCGCCGAACGUGGGAGGUGCCUGGUCCUCUGAAGCCUACAGCCAGUCAGCGCUCGUUUUGGAGGCUCUGCGGCUGGCCACUGAUGUGCUGGGACCAAAGGGCACCUUUGUUACCAAGAUCUUCAGGUCCAAGGAUUACAAUGCGCUGUUGUACGCGUUCAAGCAGCUCUUUGACAAGGUGGAGGCCACAAAGCCGGCCGCCUCGCGGAACACCUCUGCGGAGAUCUUUGUGGUCUGCCUCGGCUACAAGGCGCCCGCCAAGAUUGACCCCCGCCUGCUCGACCCCAAGCACCUCUUCAAGGCGACUCUGGGCCCGGACGCGCUGCUGCGGCAGAAGGUGAAGCAGAAACGCUUCCGCGAAGGUUACGAGGAUGGCCUCUCUUCCACCCACAAGGCCAUGUCCGCAGCUGCGUUCGUCGCUUCUGAGGAGCCGGUGGAAAUGCUCGGCCGCUACAGCAGGUGCGAGGCCGCGGCGGCGUUCGUGCGCGGGCACAAGGAGACCACGGCGGAGAUCCGCGCGCUGUGCUCCGACCUGCAAGUGCUCGGGCGCUCCGAGUUCAAACAGCUGCUCAAGUGGUGCGUGCCCUGCUGCCCGCCACAAUCCACCAGUCCCUGGGCGUUACAUGUACUAUCACUGUGCAUGACUACAUGGGUGUUCUUUGCGACAUGCUGGUGUUGGUCUGAUAUGCUGCUUGGCAAGGACGACAUGCAGCAUGUCUUGAUGCUUCUCCAGUAG